AUGCUGAUGCUACGUCUACAGGGAAACAACCUCUUCCACGUAGACUCGAGCUUCAACCCCCGCCGCGCAGGCUACUCCCUCCUCCUCGCGCACGAGCUCCCCCCACCAGGAACAGGCGGCGCAACAGCCUUCACAGACACACGGACUGCGUUCGACGAUCUCGACUCCGAGACCAAGCAGGACUUGCUGGCUCACAAUUACAUCGCCGCACACUCCAUCCUGCACUCCAAGAGACUUGCAGCCCCGGAGUUUUUCGCCAACAUUGAUCCCGCAGGUUACCCCAUGGGCCGCCACUAUCUCGUCCAGCGCCAUGAGCCGUCUGGUAGAAUCAAUUUGUAUCUGGCAGCGCAUAUCCACCAUAUCGAGGGUCUUGAGGCCGAAGAGUCAAAGAGUCUGUUUGAGAAGUUGUUUAAGCAUGCUACGCAGGUAAAGUACGUGGUUGAGAUUGAGUGGCAGCAGCCGGGUGAUUUGAUUAUUUGGGAUAAUACCUGCACAAUGCAUAGGGCUGUUGGCGGAAGCUUUGCGAAGAAGUAUCGCAGGGAUAUGAGACGGGCGACGGUGCAUGAUCGGAGUAGUCAGGCGUGGGGGUUGAAUGAGCACUCUAAUGCGGCCGAAAAGGGCUACUUCGGUGGCCGUUUUAGGAGUCCUGCUAACCCCCGUCUUGGCAUCAGGUGA